UCUCUAUACUGUGUCUUUCUGACACAACUUAUAUUUGACCGAAGCCUGCUCUUGAUAUGCUAGUCCGACCAAUGAGAAUCUAAGCAGUAGCCCCACUUACAUACCCUUUGCACUUUCCAAUUCGCUCGCUCGGUGCAGCACAUCACACAUCCCAAACCAUGGAUUCUCAAAUCACUUCGCUAUCCGAUUUCAGGCUACCCGACUACCCCGAUGCCGCACUACGCCUCAAUGGGUCCCUUCUCAGUGUUAUCGACCCUUCCCCUCUCACACCAGAAGCUUCCGAAAUCAUAACUCCAGCAAUCGGUCUAGCGACAGUUCUCUACAGAUGGCACCCAAACGCUUUGGCAGCUUUCUUAGAUCUGGAUGCCUGGUUUUCCCUAACAUGGACGCUGAGCAUUGCAGAAGGUACGCCAGACGGCUCAAAAAUUGAAAUUGGUCGCAUAGGCAACCAAAUCACUUUCGGCAGUCUGGAUAGCAGCGGCGAUAACUGGACAUUAAUGCUUACCUACAACAUUGUUUUAGAGGGCGAAAACAGAGGGAAGUGGAUACCAAAUCCCAAAGAGAGCAUGCUAGGUGAAAAAGACGUUACGGAUCCUGACGAGAUUGAGAAGCUAGGCUGUGAGUUCGCGGAAAAGAUAAUAAGGGAAAAGAGAUGGGAGACGGGGAAGAAGAUGAAACAUAGGUUCUUUGUCGAGUAUGCGCCCAUGGAUGUUUGGGGUGACGGAAUACCGAUGAGCCCGCAUUGGCUUUAUUCGUCUCUUGACCUCUCGAGCUGUACGGCUUGCAAGAAGACAGGUGUUUCGCUACAGAGAUGUGGAAGGUGCGGUACGUCGACUUAUUGCUCGGAUGUCUGCCAGAAAGGGGACUGGGCUGUGCAUAAAGAUGUCUGCACGAUGAGUAUGGAAGACAGGGGACAGGCGAUCAAGUUGUCCGAGAAGGGCGGACUGAUCAAGUGGGACGUGGAGAAGACUUACGCGAAAGAGGAGGGAGAGAUGAGCGCGAAUCCGAACUUUGAAAUCCCACAGGUGAAACGUAGGAAAGCCGACUGAGGAAAGAGCGCAAGGAAGAGCGAACAAAGACGAUGAAGCGAUUUGCCUCCCAGCAGACCGGCAGCUACAUUGCUAUCCCUGUUGAUGUUAUAGAAAAAGUACUCCUCAACAUGCAGGUAUGUAGUCAUAUGACGUCUCUUGAUGAUUUCAUUCUCGUCUUAGAGCUACUACGAUCUACCAUGCAUAAAGUUACCCGCAUUGUAUCCUGUCGAUCUCGUCAUCGUCUCUUUCUUUUGUGGAUAUCGAGCAUUGUCUAGUUUGACCAGUAUCGAGCUUUUUGUAACAUCGCUUACAUGGUCUUUUGUU